AUGGAGUGGACGCUUAAAGAAGACCGUGUUGCAGUUAUUGCGUUGCAUCGUUGCGGUUACGCGCCAAUUCAAAUUUUUGACAUACUGAAAAAUUUGAAUAUAACCAAAAGAUUCGUUUAUCGUACCAUCAAUCGAUACAAUGAAGACUCUAGUGUAGACGACAGGUCAAGAAGUGGUCGCCCUCGGUCUGUUAGGACUCCAGCAGUGAUAAAAGCUAUGAAGGCGCGAAUUCAAAGAAAUCCCAAACGUAAGCAGAAACUGUUGGCCCUUCAGAUGGGGUUAAGCAGAACCAUGGUGAAAAGGGUGUUAAAUGAAGACUUAGGGCUUCGGGCAUAUCGAAGAAAAACAGGACAUCGUUUGAAUGCUCGUCUAAUGGACCUGAGACUGAAGAGAUGCCGCGCUUUGUUGAAGCGGUACGCGGAAAAAAAAUAUCGGGAAAUUUUUACCGUAGAAGAGAGCUACAACAAACAAAAUGAUAAGGUGUACGCACACAGUAGUGAAGAAACGAGCAACCGUAUUCCGCGUGUCCAACGAGGUCAUUUUCCAUCUUCGCUCAUGGUAUGGUUGGGAGUUUCUUAUUGGGGCUUAACAGAGGUACAUUUUUGUGAGAAAGGUGUAAAAACGAAUGCAGUUGUGUAUCAAAAUACGGUCCUGACGAACCUUGUGGAACCCGUUUCUCAUACCAUGUUCAAUAACAGGCACUGGGUAUUCCAACAAGAUUCGGCGCCAGCUCAUAGAGCGAAGAGCACACAAGACUGGCUGGCGGCGCGUGAAAUCGACUUCAUCCGGCACGAAGACUGGCCCUCCUCCAGUCCAGAUUUGAAUCCGUUAGAUUACAAGAUAUGGCAACACUUGGAGGAAAAGGCGUGCUCAAAGCCUCAUCCCAAUUUGGAGUCACUCAAGACAUCCUUGAUUAAGGCAGCCGCCGAUAUUGACAUGGACCUCGUUCGUGCUGCGAUAGACGACUGGCCGCGCAGAUUGAAGACCUGUAUUCAAAAUCACGGAGGUCAUUUUGAAUAA